AUGUGGGUGGUAGACAAAAUUCGAGUGUCUGUAGAGAGGACCAACCUGCCACUCCCCGUUGCAGAGUACAGCUUCAAAAUCGCAGACAUCAUGUUUGGAGACAAGAUAACGUCAGGGAAAAGCAAGAAGGUUGCCCUGUGUCGAAACAUCAUCACCCCAGACACCAUCCCAGAGUUCUGUAUUCCGAUGAGAAUCCCGGCCUUGCAGGAGCCCAGCAAGCCCAUCCCUGUCUCUGCUGUUGGGACGUCCCAUUCUGACAGGGGCACCCCAGGAAAAGAGGCCCCGGUGCGUGAGCUGGUCAGCACCCACAUCAUCCAGGUGGAGAGCGUCGACGACGCGCCCUACGAAAACGGAUACAGCGAUGAGGAGAGCACCAAUGCAGAUCCGCAAAGCCAAGCCGCCCUCUCCCUGCCUCACCUGGCCAAGACUCAGACCUGCUACGGGUUCUGCACGCUGCUGGAGAGCCCGCACACCAGGAGGAAGGAGUCGAUAUUCCACAAUGACCCCAGCUCCUGUGGCAUUCCUCUGGUGGUGCCCAGAAGCAGGUCCAACACAUGCUCCAAACCCUCUCCCUCGUCCAACUCCCUACCCUCCUCGCCCUCCUCAGUCUCUUUCGGUUUCCAAAUGCUGAACUCCAGGCUCUCCCCUAGGGGGCUUUCCCUAAGCCGGCAGGGCACCUUGGACAGUGACACGACCUCCUCUGCCGAGUCCUCCCCCUUCAGCUCCCCAAUGCUUACCAGGCCACCCCCAAAGUCCUCGCUGUUCAAGGCGCUGAGCCACGACAAACUGCUGUCCAGGGGCGCCAGGAGAAUCACUGUGUCGAGGAACAACUCCCUGUCAACGGAUGAGGGCAGCUCCACAGACAACAGCCCUAACGUCCUGAGGAGAGCCUCCAAGGACCUGCUGGAACCUCUGCCCAGCAGCUUCCGCUUGGCACCACCCGCCAUAUUCCCCAUGGACCUGGUGCUCUACCGAGACUGCGUCCUGAAGGAGAGCCGGGUUCCCCUGGGGAAGGACGGGGCCCUGCGCCUCUCUGCCGAGUACUGCCCGGAGAACCAGAGACUCCGCGUGCGCCUGAUCAGCGCUGAGGGCCUGUACGCCCCAUCCACGGACCCAAAAAGCAUAAACUGCAACGUCAGCAUCUCCAUGAUGCCCGGGAAAGCCCAGAAACAGCGCAGCACCGUCAUCCGCAAGAGCCGCAACCCCAUCUUCAACGAGGACUUCUUCUUCGAUGGGGUCUCGGAAGACGAUCUUUGUGCCAGGUCGCUGCGUUUCAAAGUGGUCAACAAAAUGCCCACGAUGAAGAGGGACUAUGUUCUCGGCGACUGUGAAAUUCCUCUGACCAGCAUAUUGGUAGUGUAA